CCAGGAAGUGUCACUAGGAAGUGUCGCUGCUACCGCUGCUCUGUCCCAGCCGCUUCCUGCGGAUCAGCGGGUGACGGCCGGGCGAAGCCGGCAGCAGCACAGCCAUGAAGGUUGGCUCGUCCGCUCUGGCAUGCUGCUACUUGCUGCUACAGGUGCUAGGCCUGGCCCUCUUUUUGCGCGGGUUCUUCCCGGUACCUGUCCGGUCUCAGACCAGGAAGAGCAGCAGCUCUGAGAUCCCAGCAGAACCAUCUGCAGGUACAGCAUCUAACUGGACUCAGCUUCCACACCCACUUUUCAAGAGAGUUGUCAUUCUCCUCAUAGAUGCCUUGAGACAAGACUUUGUGUUUGGGGAUAAAGGGAAACAGCAUAUGCCUUAUAUUACACAGCUUAUAGAAAAGGGAACAACACACAGCUUUAUAGCAAAAGCAACAGCUCCAACAGUCACAAUGCCUCGUAUUAAGGCCUUGAUGACCGGCAGCAUACCUGGCUUUAUUGAUGUUAUUAUGAACCUCAACUCUCCAGAACUGCUUGAGGACAACUUGAUAUGGCAGACAAAGCAAUCUGGGAAAAGAAUAGUAUUUUAUGGUGAUGAUACAUGGAUAAAACUUUUCCCCAAGCAUUUUGUGGAGUUUGAUGGGACAACAUCAUUUUUUGUUUCUGACUUUACAGAGGUUGAUCAUAAUGUCACAAGACACUUGGAUGAUGUUCUGAAAAGGGAUGAUUGGGAUAUGCUGGUACUUCACUAUCUUGGAUUAGAUCACAUUGGACAUUUAACUGGCCCACACAGUCAUUUAAUCGGACCAAAACUUUAUGAAAUGGACCUCGUGGUGAAAAAAAUUCACUCUGCUCUGAUGUUAAAAGAUGAGGAGCAGUCGUUGCCAAGUUUAAUUGUUGUCUGCGGUGACCAUGGGAUGUCGGAGACAGGCAGUCAUGGGGGAUCAUCUGAUGAGGAAGUACAGACUCCACUCGUGUUAAUCAGUUUAGCAUUUCAAAAUAAAGCAGGUACGUUUAAGGUGCCGGAAAUCAUCGAGCAGACAGAUCUGGCUUCCACUUUAGCACUAGGCCUUGGAUUACCAAUCCCCAGGAGCAAUUUAGGAAUGCUUAUACCGGAAGUGGUAGAACAGAAGGCCAUGAGAGAGCAGCUGCGUUUUUUUCAUUUAAAUGGACAUCAGCUCCUAAUGCUUCUGAAGGAGAAUUUAGAGGCCUAUGACAAAGAUGAUGGGGUAGAGCAAUUUAAGAAGGCUGAAAAAUCUCAUGCAAAUUGGAUCAAGCUAUACUUGGAAGGAAACACAUCAGAAGUGCUUACAAACCUUGGCAGAAAACUUCUUAAACAGUAUUUGGAAGCACUGAAGAAGUUAAGCUCUUCCUUAAGCAAACAAGUGGCAGAGUACGAUAUCUACUCAAUGACUGUUGGAGCCAUCAUAACCCUAGAGGUCUUCUUCCUGCUGGUGCUCAGUGUACCAGGUGCUCUAAGCAGCAAAGCGGAGUUCAGUUUGCCUCUUGCCUCACCACUCUUCUCACUGUUCUUUUACUUAACAUGUCUCCUGCUGGCUGCCGUUCAUGUCAUUGUCUGCACAUCCACUGAAAACGUGUGCUUUUUCUGUAGCAUAUCAUGGGUUAUGGCUAUAGGGAUUAUGGUGCUUAUUUCUGCACUUCUCUGCAUUAUUUUAUCCAUUUUGGGAAAAAUGAUUAUGAAAACUAGACCAUCUAAUGAGAAACCAAGCUCCAGCAUGUCAGCAUGGUCAGAACUAGACAUCCUACUACUGGUAGGGACUCUGGGACACGUUCUUAGCAUGGGAGCAAGUAGCUUCAUUGAGGAAGAGCAUCAGACCUGGUAUUUUCUUGUUAGUACACUGUGUCUGGCUUUAUCCCAAGAAAUGUGCAGGAAAUACUUUCUUGUGAAAAAAAGAAAUCCUGAAAAUGCCACAGUUUUGGACCAUGCAAAGCAGGAAGACGUAUACAUAAAUGAGAUUUAUGACACACACAAGAAGGAGUUAAAAGAGGAAAAGUUGACAAUUCUAACUCGUUUUAUUAAAGACCAUGAAAAAUGGAUUGCAUUAUCAAGUCCUGGCCUUAUCCUUGUUUGCUUUAGAUUAUUGCGCCCCCUAAAUCAGACCGGAAUUCAGUGGAUACAUCGGCCAGAUUUUGGGCACUGGUUGACAAGCUCUGAACACAAGGCUGAGCUAUCCUUUUUGGUAGCGAUCUGCUUAGUCAUGAUAUUUGUUUUAAUUCAAGGAAAGUGCUCCUUAGUAUCUAAAGUGGCACUGAUGUUUGGGCUGCUGGGGGUGUACUGUUACAGAGCCGCCAUAGGACAUGUAUUAUAUCCCUGGCAACAAAAUACUAAAGAAAUCACAAAAGGAAUCACUGAAGCUCGUUUUGUCUAUAUAUUUGUUCUUGGAAUGCUUGUAACUGGAAUAAAGGACCUGUUGAAGUCGCAUAUUAUUUACAUGGAUUCUAAAGCAAAGGCUGUUGGUUUAUGGGAAGUCUACAGUGGACUGAUUCUGCUAGCAGCACUUCUGUUUAGGCCACACAACCUUGUGGUCUUGGUAUUCUGUCUGAUAAUCCAGGUUAUUCUGACUAUGUUCAUCUGGAAAUUACUGGAAUUUGAUGCAGCUCAACUCACUAUAAUGCACUAUUGGUUUGGACAGGCCUUUUUCUUCUUCCAGGGCAAUUCAAACACAAUAAGUACUGUGGAUAUAUCAGCUGGUUUUGUGGGUCUGGAUAACUAUGUUGAGAUACCAGCUAUUUUCCUCACUGCAUUUGUGACAUACAGUGGGCCUCUGCUUUGGUCUAUGCACUUGCUGUGCUAUCUGAGUGGAAAAACCAGCAGGGCUGCAACUUCUAUAGCUCAUGGUUGUUACUGCUACGCAAUCAUCCGCUCCCUUCCAGUCACCGUUUACAUUCUUCUGGUCACUGCUCUUCGUUACCACUUGUUCAUUUGGAGUGUGUUUUCUCCUAAGUUACUCUAUGAAGUGAUACAUCUCUUCAUCUCAGCCGGAGUCUGUGUCAUGUUCACUGCUGUUGAUAAGAACCAAGGAGCAAAAAGUGAUGUCUGAGUGGUGUUAAAAUUACUUACUGAACAGAUUAUAUAAAAAAGGUGAUAUACAUGUAAAUAGUUUGGGGUUGUAUUAUUUUUCUAAUAAAUCUGUUUAUGGACUUUAUAUUUAGUUGUUUAUUAUUCAGCUACUUUAUAUUUUUGUACAUUUAUUUAAUAAGAAUCCCUGUGUACUUAAUGUGAUAAUGUUUGAAGAGAACCUAUAAAUUAUUUUUUUCCUCUUAUUGUUUGAUUGUUUUGGAGAUUAAAGUACUGUGCUGCAACUAGUAGAAGAUAUGUCAAUUCAGUGUUACAUCUAUGUUUUUGUACGUAUCUUUCAAAUGAAAGCAUUAAAGAGAAUCCAACAAACUAAGUUUUUCAAUGAA